CCUGAUUGUUGUGUGAUUUUUGAUGUUUUGUUGUUUUAAAUAGAAUUUGGCGCGUUGGUGAUCUGCUGUUGAUGACGUCAUCUCAAGCGCGCGCGUGCUCGGUCAGCGUCGAGUGUCCUGAGGCGAGAAAUUCAUGUUAAUUGAAGCUCCAGAACAACAAUCACACAGUCAGUGAUUUCAACGAUUAAUACUGGAAUAUUCACAUCAGCCUGCAAGUGAAGACUAGCAUCAAAGCAUCAUAAAGAACUGAAAUCUACAAAGACUGAGUUUACUAAAGAGAACAGAGAACAUGAGAGAUCUAGAACCCUGCAGAAUGAAACACACUGAAGAUACUGAAGAACAAACAGGAGUUAUUAAAAUUGAACCGUUUUUAGAGUUGACUGGAGAACAUGAGGAGAUUGAAGAACUGAGUGAAGUUGAGGAGCUAAAUCAUGUCAAAACUGGAGAAAAACCUCAGAGUUCCUCUCAGGAAGUUUUAAAGGAAAUAAGUGCUGUGAAAUCUUUCACCUGCACUCUCUGUGGAAAGAGUUACGCAUACAAAAAUAGUCUUAAUGUUCACAUGAGAGUACAUACCGGAGAGAAACGGUACAAGUGUUCACAUUGCGACAGGGGAUUCAACUGGUCAGGACACCUGAAAGCACAUGAGAGGAUUCACACUGGGGAAAAACCUUACAAAUGUUCAAUCUGCGACAAAAGAUUUGGUCGCUCGGGAAUCCUGAAGGCACAUGAGAGGACUCACACAGGAGAGAAACCGCACACAUGUGAUCAGUGUGGAAAGUGUUUUGCGCAAAAAGGACACCUUGCGGCACAUAUGAAAGUUCAUACGGGAGAGAAACCGUAUACUUGUGAUCAAUGUGGGAAGAGAUUUGCACACCUAACACACCUUAAGAUGCAUAUGAAGAUCCACACUAGAGAGAACAUGUGCAUGUGUGAUCAAUGCGGCAAAAUGUGUUUGCGAGCUUCAGACCUGAAGAUGCACCAGAAAGUUCAUACAAAGGAGAAGCCACAUCCUUGUUAUUUAUGUGGGAAAAGUUUUUCCUGUCUACAAAAUUUAAAACUACAUCAGAAAACACAUUUGAGUGUGAGAGAGUACAUGUGCUUUGAGUGUGAAAAGACUUUUAUUUCAGCAAACAGUUUAAAACUGCAUCAGAGGAUCCACACUGGAGAGAAACCUUUCCAGUGUUCACACUGUGACAAGAGAUUUGGUUGCUCGGGAAUCCUAAAAAGACAUGAGCGGAUCCACACUGGAGAGAAACCUUACAAGUGUUCACACUGUGACAAGAGAUUUGGUUGCUCGGGAAUCCUAAAAAGACAUGAGAGGAGCCACAGUGGAGAGAAACCUUACAAGUGUUCACACUGUGACAAGAGAUUCAAUGUUUCAGAAAACCUAAAAAGGCACGAGAUGAUCCACACUGGAGAGAAACCUUAUAAGUGUUCAUACUGUGACAAGAGAUUCAGUCAGUCAGCAAAUCGGAUUAUACACGAGAGGAUUCACACUGGAGAGAAACCUUUCAAGUGUUCACACUGUGACAAAGGAUUCAGUGAUUCAAGAGACCUAAAAAGACAUGAGCGGAUCCACACUGGAGAGAAACCGUUUCAAUGCACUGUAUGUGGGAAGUCUUUCAAACAAUCAUACGCUCUUAAAAGUCAUACAAAAAACGUUCACUGUAAGUAGAUCAUCUUCAGAUCAGGACUUUCAGGUCUGAGGCCACGUCCUCAACAAAUACUACACAAUAAUGCAUCAAGCAAUAAAAUGUCAUCUGGAUAAAUCUGUGCUAACCAGUCAUUACAAGUGAUAUGGCAAAGAAACAUUAUCUAAACUUUAAAGAGGGAUUAAAGUUAAUCAUCAUCUUUAAAACCAGCAGUUUCUACUGAGAUUCAGAUAAACUCAAAGAUGGAGUUCCUCCCCAAAGAACAAUGUCAGAAAGUGUUUCUCUUGUGUAUCAUUUUGCUUUAUGACAUAAGUCAGUGGUUCCCAACUCUGGUCCUUGAGGCACCUCAACACUGCACAUUUUUCAUAUCUCCUUUCACUGUCACACCAAUUUCAGAUCUGGGGCCUUGUCCACACUAAUACGUUUUCAUUUGAAAACGCAUCCUUUUCUCUCCGUUUUGACCUUCCAUCCACAGUCCUGCAAAGAUUAAAGCAAAUUUACUUACGGUCACUAUUUGCAGCAAAACAUGAGGCAGUUGCGUUUUAGAUCAGAUAUACAAUCGUGAGUAUUGAGUAUGCAUGUGCAGAAAGCAAAUUCAACAUUUUCAGAUGUUUCAAUGGAAAAUGCUUAAAAACGCUGGUGUGGACGGAGAGCGUUCUAAAAAGAAAACUCAAUUUUCAAAUGUAUCCGGAUUAAUGUAGACCUAGCCUAGGAGUCUUUACUAAUGAGCUGAUGUCCUGAAUCAGGUGUGUUUGAUUAAGGAUACAUGCAAAACUUGCAGUGUUGGGGUGCCUCCAGGAACAUUGGGAACCACUGACAAAAGUGAUACGAUUGGGCUUUCUUAUAAGUUUCAUAUUAAGUUCAGUUGUCUUAUAAUGCACAUGUAUCACUUCUGGUUUGCUUACUCUUUCAUUAAAGGGGUCAUGAACUGCCUUUUUAGAAUUAUGUUGUACUGUUCUUUGAGGUCCCCCUAUAUGUUAUCAAGAUGUUUACAUCAAAAAACAUUAUCAUUUAGAAGUAGUUGUAAUAUUUUCUAUCAUGUUUUGACCCUCUCAUCAGAAUACUCUGGUGGGUGUGAAACAUAUGGCAGAUUGUAGACUCUGAAGUAAAAGCCCACUGCUGUGAUUGACUAGAUUUAGUACAGUCAUGUAGCUUUGCAACUGAUCCUUCUUUGCUUCUCUUGUCAGUACUAAUGGGUACCAGAUCCCAGUAUUAAACAGGGGCUAAAUUACAAAAUUGACUUGAUUGCAAAUAAAUGCACAGACACUAUUUAAACUGAACAGAAAUGACAUCACAGAAUUCAAUGAUGAACUACCUUUAACUAUCAUUUGGCAUUACUGACACUGUUUUCCUAAUGAAUGUUGUUCAGUUGCGUUGAUGCAAUUUAUUUUGUUUAAAGCGCUAUAUAAAUAAAGGUGACUUGACAAGAGACCUACAUAUCAGUAA